AUGAUUUCCGUAGAAAGGAUUCUUCAGUACAUGAACCUUCCUAAGGAGGAACCUAUUACUUCGGACAAUCCACCGCCACCUACAUGGCCAUCCCAAGGACAAUUGAUUUUGAAGAAUGUCAACAUAAAAUAUCAUAUGGAUGAUCCACCAGUUUUGAAGAAUCUGAACGUAUCCAUCGACCCUGGCUGGAAAGUCAGGGUGGUUGGACGAACUGGCGCCGGCAAGUCCUCCUUGAUCUUAGCGCUCUUUCGCUUGUUCAAUGAAGGUCUAGAAGGUGAGAUCAAGAUCGAUGGUCGAGACACAAGUUCAGUGGGCCUGAGUGAUCUGCGCUGCAAAAUCUCCAUUAUACCACAAGAACCUGUACUCUUUUCCGAGAGUUUACGUUACAAUCUGAAUCCGUUUAAUCAAUACGAUGAUUUGAAGCUGUGGGAGGUGUUGCGGCAAGUCGAGCUGAAUGAUGUCACGCUGGAUCACGAUAUCUUCUCUGGCGGUCAUAACUUUAGCGUCGGUCAGAGGCAACUUAUAUGCUUGGCCAGAGCCAUCUUGAGAAAGAAUCGUUUACUCGUUCUCGAUGAAGCUACGGCCAACAUUGAUUCGCACACGGAUACCUUGAUUCAGGAUACAAUAAGGAGCAGUUUUAAAGAAUGCACCAUUAUCACGAUUGCACAUAGUUUGAAUACGAUUAUAGAUAGCAAUCGGAUCAUUGUGAUGGAGAACAGUUCUAUCGUGGAAUUUGGUUGCCCAUAUGAAUUGUUACACGACAAACCAAAUGGUUACUUUUCACAAAUGGUGGAGAAGACGGGCAAUCAGAUGGCGCAAAAUCUUUUAGAACAGGCGAAGAAGGCUUGCGAGAAGAAUAAUGAUCAUUGUGAAUUGAAUUUGUCGCCACAAAAUACUGAGUGUGAGAGCGACACCACGCUUACAGAACAGACCACUUUAUAG